GAUUGGCUCCAGUGAGGCCAAAGGACAGCUCCGCCUGCGGCGGGCCGCGGAACGUGAUUGGCUGCUAUCGACCUUCCCCCUCGCGGGUUAGCGGGGAGGCGAAGCCUGGAUUGGGGGAGCUGGAAGAGCUCACUCAUUGCAUCUCUCGUUCCUGGUGCAGGGCAGAGAUGGCGUCUGCGGCUCGGCUGCUGGGGCGGCGUGUGGGGAGUUGGAGGCUGCGGCCGCCGCUUGCCGGCUUCGUUUCCCAGCGGGCCCACUCGCUUUUGCCCGUGGACGAUGCAAUCAACGGGCUAAGCGAGGAGCAGAAGCAGCUUCGUCAGACCAUGGCUAAGUUCCUUCAGGACCAGCUGGCCCCCAAGGCCCAGGAGAUUGAUCGCAGCAAUGAGUUCAAGAACCUUCGAGAAUUUUGGAAGCAGCUAGGGAACCUGGGUGUAUUGGGCAUCACAGCUCCUGUUCAGUAUGGCGGCUCUGGCCUGGGCUACCUGGAGCAUGUGCUGGUGAUGGAGGAGAUAUCCCGAGCUUCUGGAGCAGUGGGGCUCAGUUACGGUGCCCACUCCAACCUUUGCAUCAACCAGCUUGUGCGCAAUGGGAAUGAGGCCCAGAAAGAGAAGUAUCUCCCCAAGCUGAUCAGUGGUGAGUACAUCGGAGCCCUGGCCAUGAGUGAGCCCAAUGCAGGCUCUGACGUUGUCUCUAUGAAGCUCAAAGCAGAAAAGAAAGGAGAUCACUACAUCCUGAAUGGCAACAAGUUCUGGAUCACUAAUGGCCCUGAUGCUGACGUCCUGAUUGUCUAUGCCAAGACAGAUCUGGCUGCUGUGCCGGCUUCUCGGGGCAUCACAGCCUUCAUUGUGGAGAAGGGUAUGCCUGGCUUUAGUACCUCUAAGAAGCUGGACAAGCUGGGGAUGAGGGGCUCUAACACCUGUGAGCUCAUCUUUGAAGACUGCAAGGUUCCUGCUGCCAACAUCCUGGGCCAUGAGAAUAAGGGUGUCUACGUGCUAAUGAGUGGGCUGGACCUGGAGCGGCUGGUGCUGGCCGGAGGGCCUCUUGGGCUCAUGCAAGCGGUCCUGGACCACACCAUUCCCUACCUGCACAUGAGGGAAGCCUUUGGCCAGAAGAUCGGCCACUUCCAGUUGAUGCAGGGGAAGAUGGCUGACAUGUACACCCGCCUCAUGGCGUGUCGGCAGUAUGUCUACAAUGUCGCCAAGGCCUGCGAUGAGGGCCACUGCACUGCCAAGGACUGUGCAGGUGUGAUUCUUUACUCAGCUGAGUGUGCCACACAGGUAGCCCUGGACGGCAUUCAGUGUUUUGGUGGCAAUGGCUACAUCAAUGACUUUCCCAUGGGCCGCUUUCUUCGAGAUGCCAAGCUGUAUGAGAUAGGGGCUGGAACCAGCGAGGUGAGGCGGCUGGUCAUCGGCAGAGCCUUCAAUGCGGACUUUCACUAGUCCCAAGACCCCCUUUUCCUGCACCUAGAGGCCUUUCUUGGGAAGUAGAGAUGUGGCAGCUCUCCCACCCUGCCCGCAGCAGGCCUUCCUGCCCAGCCGCUCUUCUUGCGUCAACCCUCUGGCCUCUGGAUGAGGUUGCAUUCUACAACGUUCUACAUAACGGCUGCCAAGCACAUGGGCCUCACAGCCAGGCCAGUGCCAGGACUAGUGUUCUGUAAUUUAAAAUGGACUCAGCAGGAAGCAUAUUGUCAGGGAAUUGUUCGGAUGGGCUUUGGUGACUCUGCCCUUGCUCUCUAACUUCCAAGCCCACCUCCCAGGGUAGGCACCUGGGGGCAUGCAGGUACCCCCCUCUUCUUCUUGGGGGAGGCCUCUGACAUGGAGAUCUCUCUGCUCAAGCACAGCAGAAUCAUGGCCCACUUCAUGUACUAGAACUGGGUACAGGUUGAAUAUCCCUAAUCCUGAAAUCUGAGACACUUCUGGUUCUAAGCAUUUUGGAUAAGGCAUACUUAAUUUGCAGUCUCUCUUUCUGGGAGAAAAAAAAAUUAAAAAACCCUAGCCUAGCCAGGCACAGUGACUCAUGUCACCUAUAAUCCCAGCACUUUGGAAGGCAGAGGUAGGUGGAUCACAUGAGGUCAGGAGUUCAAGACCAGCCUAGCCAACAUGGUAAAACCCUGUCUCAACUAAAAAUACAACAAAAUUAGCUGAGCAUGGUGGCAGGCACCUGUAAUCCUAGCUACUUUGGGAGGCUGAGGCAGGAGAAUUGCUUGAAUCUGGGAGAAGGAGGUUGCAGUGAGCCAACGUUGCACCAUUGCACUCCAGCCUGGGCAAUGAGAGUGAAACUAUCUAAAAAAAAAAAAAAAAACCUAGUCCUUAUUUCUUCCAGUUUCUAGAGGUAUCAGCUCCUAGCAUGUGAACACACGUGCUUGGCCAGGCAUGGUGGCUCACACCUGUAAUCCCAGCACUUUGGGAGGCCGAAGCGGGAAGAUCACUUGAGCCUAGUAGUGAGCUAUGAUGAGGCCACUGUACUCCAGCCUGGGCAAUAGAGUGAGACCCUGUGUCUAAAAAUAAAAGUAAAUGGGCUGAGCACAGUGGCUCAUGCCUGUUGUCCCAGCACUUUGGGAGCCCAAGGCAGGCGGAUCACAAGCUCAGGAGUUUAAGUCCAGCCUGGCCAAUAUGGUGAAACCCCAUCUCUACUAAAAAUACAAAAAUAAUUAGCCAGGCAUGGUGACACAUACCUGUAAUUGCAGCUACUCGGGAGGUUGAGGCAGCAGAAUCGCUUGAGCCCAAGAGGCAGAGGUUGCAGUGUGCUAAGAUUGUGCCACUGCACUCCAGCCUGGGCAACAGAGUGAGACUCUAUCUCAAAAAAUAAUAAUUUAAAAUUUAAAAAUGAUGCCUGGGUGCUGUGGCACACGCCUGUAAUCCCAACACUUUGGGAGGCCGAGGCAGGUGGGUCACUUGAGCUCAGGAGUUUGAGACCAGCCUGGCCGACAUGGUGAAACCCUGUCUCUACUAAAAAUACAAAAAUUAGCCAGGGAUGGUGGUACGCACCUGUAUUCCCAGCUACUCAGGAGGCUGAGGCAGGAGAAUCACUUGAACUCAGGAGACAGAGGUUGCAGUGAGCUAAGAUGGCACCACUGUACUCCAGCUUGGGCUAUAGAGCGAGACUGUCUCAAAAAAGAAAGAUAAAUGAACAACACAUGUGCUGCUAAGAGUCUGCAGUGGCGCAGAGCAGAAGGCAGCGUGCUUUUGUGUGCUAUUGGAGACUGGCUCCUCCUGAAGAGCACCUCUGAGCCCUUGUGCACUGCCCUGCCACGGACAUUGUCCAGUCCUGGCCAUGUGACCACCCACAGCUGACUGGGCAGCAGGCACAGGCCCUACCCGAGCAUGCCUGCUUGGGCUGGCCUGACUCCAGCUGGGGCCGCCUGUGUACCUUUCUCCAGACACCCUAUGGCUAAUUUUGUUACAACUGCAGAGUGACUGCUGCCGUUUUGUAUUAAAUACAUUGCGAAGCAAACCCUCUGCUUCUAAACCAGUGUUUUUGGGGAGAAGCAAUCUGUUCGCCACUGCUUCCUGUCUGGAUUCAGCUUGUGUCCUUGGAGAGUGGCUGGCCCAGGCCUUAUUCAUGCCCUCCAGCCCAUCCUUUCAUGAGAGACAGGAAGGUAAAAUCAGCCCUUAGGAUAGAGGUCUCAGCCUCCCUUUCCCAGAUCUCCCAGUGAGUUUUCAAGGAAGCAGGGAGCCCAGAGUCAUAAGUUCGUACAGCAGAAGGAAGCUUACAAAUUUCUGAACACCACCCCUAUGUUUUUAAAAAGAUCAACACAAUUUGGCUUUCUUUAGGUCUAAACUGGAACUAGAAUCCAGAUCUGCUAGUGGCAAAAAUGGGGGUGUUCUGAGAAUUCCAGCCUGGGGCCCCACUGUACAGGAGUCCUGUGCAGGAUAGAGGGUGGUCUGAGAAGGGAAUGGGUCUGGGUUGUUAGACUCCUGAGCUCCUGUAAGAGGGAACUGGUUUUCUUGGCUCUCAUCCAGCCGAGCCUAUCCUGGCUUUCGGUCCUGGCCUGCAGCCAAGUGCUGUUCCCAGCUUGAAUCUCCACAGGGGGUUAGCGCCUCACCAACCCCAGUUCAGUCCCAUCCUGAGGGCAAAAUCCUGGGCUCAUAGGCAGUCCCUUCACAUCCCUGUCUUGCCCCCUGCUGUGUUGGAGCUGAAUGUGAGUAAAAGGGCCAUCUCACUGACUUAGUGUGUGGCUAGAGCAACCACACGCUAAUACACAAUGUGGCAGAAUUCAUCCAGUUUGUCUAAGCCCUGCCGACUUGGGGAGGUGACUGCUCUCCUGAUUCUGUGUGUGAAGCAAAAGAGAAAUGUUUUAAAAAUAAAAGCAACAAACCAAAAUGAA